AUGAGAUUUACUUUGGCACUGAGGUUUAUCUCAGAUGCUCUUGAGCGUUUGGCGGCGAUGAUAAAUCAACCGGAUGCACGCUCAACUGAGGAGGGAAUUGCGGCCACAGAGAACGCAAUCAGUGCAGUGGCUAAAAUAUUGAAAUACAAUGCGGAGGCAGUGGAUGCGAAUGCGGUGAUUCCAACAUUUUUGAGUUGGUUACCGGUUUGGGACGAUAGCGAUGAAACACCAUACGUAUACGGGUAUUUUGCGGAUCUUGUUGAGAGGUACGGCUGA